GUUCAUGGAGGAGGUGGAUGACAGCGAGACGUCCCCGUGCCUGGAGCUGGAGCAGCUCCGUUUCGUGAUGCCAUACCCGGUCCAGCAGAAUGUUGCCACGAGCACGUUCGGGCUCUCCUACAUCCUCGGGUUCGACCAGGAAACCGACCUCGAGAUCGUGAACUUCGGCGUUCUGGAGGUCACCCCGAGGCUCAUCACAGGUCCCCUCAGCCAGUGCCCAGGAGCCCUGUCGGAACCCGCCCCGUACAGCAUGCUCUACACCCUCCAGAUCAAAGAAAGGCCCGUCUUGAAGCUACCCUUUGAGUACCAGGUGAGGCACCUCCAGUAUGUGAUCAAAGGGGCCAUGCAGUCGAUGGUGAACCAGAUGCGGUAUGCUCCAGCACGGGUAUCGCGCGAAGUCUUUGACAUGAAAGACGCUACUCGCGAGAUUAACCGCGUCGUCCAGGUGGAGAUCCGACAACGUCGGUAUGUUGACGACAUCCUAGGUAUUAGCAAGGUUUACUGCAGGCAAUGUGUCUACUUCUACCUGUCCCAGGUCUACCAGGUCAAGCUCUCCCCUGCCUCGGACCUCCUGGACCCCCAGGCCCCGUGCUUCUGGCUGGACCUGGAGCUGUGGCCCUCCGAGCAUAAGAUCUCCAUUCGCCCGAAGAAUGAGAACCGCGUUUGGCUUCUCCAAGGUGCAGCCCCGACCGUCGUGGAUCUCGGGAUGGGGACCGUGACUACCGCGACUCUCGGGGCUCCUGGGAGCAGCGGGACUAUUACCGUGACACCCGUGAUGUUCGCGACAUUCGAGAGUACCGAGAGUAUCGCGACCAUCGCGAUCACCGUGAUGCACCAUAUGAUCGCCGCUCUGAUCGUGAUGAUCGUGGCCGUGGCUCAGACCGUGGAGACCGUGACCGUGGCCAGAGUGGACGUCCAGCGCCUCCGUGAAGAGCUGGCGGCAGUGGAUCUUGAGUUCAAGGCAUCGCUCAAGGACAAGGAGGACAGGAAGGAGGAGAUGCAGCUUCGCAAGCAGGGUGAGUAUGUGGCGAUGGCCAUGAAGUCGAGCUUCGGGGACCAGCUCAGCAAACUCCUCGAGGCCUCGGACAGCAACAACAAGCAGAAGAAAUCUACUGCGGUCGAGCGCGAGGCGAGCCCGACACCGGUGGCGGAGGCCCCCGCCAGCACGGCCCUUCUCAAGCGCGCGGAGAUCGGCUGGCUCCAGUCCCUCAUCGGCGGCAAGAAGCAACUCGGCACACGCAUGACCUGGGCAGAGGCAGCUCAAGUCUUGGAGGCGCGCAUGGUAGACAAGACAGUGGUCGCGCAGAUCAACAAGUACAUCGUCGCCCAUCCCCCGAAGCGCCCUCCACCUACGAGCAAGGACGGAGACAUCUGCCAAGAGAAGAACUUCGUGAUAUCGAGGCGACCACCUCGUGAUUGGAUCAUUCUGGGUUUCGUGAUCGGCUUUUGUGUGGCCCUCAUUGUGAAUAUCUUGAUACCAGUAAAGGUGGACGUAGCGAGGAGGUCGCCCAAGUUGGGCGCGACGAUGGGCGCCAUGGGCUUCAGCGGGCUGAAAUUCGCUCUUUGCCUACGUCUGUGCUCCUCGACACUUGUCGCUUCCACGACCGCCCUGGAUCCCUCGUCCGAGUGGCCUGUCGACACGGAGCUUCGCUGGCAAGCCUUGCGGCGUGAGCUCGCGCAGCUCUGCGCGGGCUGGAUCACGUCCCACAGAUGGCACGACCACGCUUCCCUGGACGACGCUCACCUGGCGGUCAUCCGCAG